AUGCCACGCAAAAAGCCACGGGAGACGCCACGUGAGGCAGCAGCAUCUGCAAAAAGACGACCCACCCAUCACCAUGCCAGCUCGAUCAACCUGCCAUCGGAUGAUCCCAACGACCAGGAGGACGACGAUGAUUAUGAAGAUGGUGAUGAUUUGGACAACGACCUCUUGCAAGAGACCUCCGCGACGCUGGCCACUUCUCGUUGUGGGAAUCGAAUCUCAACGCCAUCGUCAGAGGCCUUGUUUGAUCUCUCUGAUGCACCAUUGUCUUUGGAAACAGCAACCAGGCAACGCGCUCCUACCAAGACCAAAGGCCAACUUCCUGCGACCAAGCGCAGGCGCUUUGGUCCAACUGACACUUCCUCGUUGUUGCGGGUCGCUGCAGCUGGAUCAUCGACAUCCAGCCUCCUGCCGUCUUUGCCAAUCAUGGCAACGUCCUCUGGUGCCUCUGCCAGCACGGCUACGGUUGCACCUUCCGCUGGUCAGCCACCUCCACUGCCAGCGCAUCAAGCUGGUUUGUCCGCCGAUCUACUGCCCUCUUCGCCGAUCGUGGCAAUGUCCUCUGAGCAGCAACAUCUAUUGCUUUGCCAGCAAGGACGGCCAGGUCUACAAGUUUGUGAUUGGGGAUGA